AUGAGAUGGUGUAUAAUAUCGAUGAAGCUGCUGAUCAAUGUCGACGAGGAGACCGGGAAGAUCGUCGAUGCUUGUUUUAAGACCUUCGGAUGCCGUUCUGCUAUCGCCUCCUCCUCCGUGAUUGCUGUGAGUGAUGAAGCCACUGUAUCAGCUGCAGCCUCUUUCCUCAACAAUGCCGUCAAUCCCGUUAUAGUCGGCGGGCCCAAGCUCCAGGUUACGAAUGCGGGCCGGGCCUUUGUCCAGCUGGCAGACUCGUGCGGUGACAAUGCAAGACGUAUCGACUAUGAUUUGAAACAGGCAAAAGAGCAUCAUUUUCUUGAUAAACAAUGGCGGGUGUAUUGUAAGGAGGAUCUUAUUGAGGCUAUAGAGACAACAACUGGAGAGAAAAAGGUUUGCCUGUGUUUUAUUGAGGUGAUUGUUCACAAGGAUGAUACAAGCAAAGAGCUUCUUGAGUGGGGUUCAACCGUUCAAGGGUCUCUUCUGCUAAUAGUCGCCCCCAAAAUCCACAGGCUAGUUUAUGAGGUUUGA